AUGCUGUGCGUGGAGAGAUUGUCAUCCAUGCUCAGCGCUUGCAGCAACAGCUUCAAACUCAACCAGGAUCUCUACCUUUUGAUGAGAUCCUCUAUUGUAACAUUGGGAACCCACAAUCUCUUGGUCAGCAACCAGUUACAUUCUUCAGGGAGGUAUGUGAAUUUUGUACCUGCAGAGUUUAAAGUUUGUUCCGCUGGAUUCUUACAUGGUAUAUCGCAGGUUCUUGCACUUUGUGAUCAUCCAGAUCUGUUGAAAAAGGAGGAAAUCAAAACAUUGUUCAGUGCUGAUUCUAUUUCUCGAGCAAAGCAGAUUCUUGCCUUGAUACCUGGAAGAGCAACAGGAGCAUACAGUCAUAGCCAGGGUAUAAAAGGACUUCGUGAUGCAAUUGCUUCUGGGAUCGCUUCACGAGAUGGAUUCCCUGCUAAUGCUGAUGACAUUUUUCUUACAGAUGGAGCAAGCCCUGGGGUGCACCUGAUGAUGCAAUUACUGAUAAGGAAUGAGAAAGAUGGCAUUCUUGUCCCGAUUCCUCAGUACCCUUUGUACUCGGCUUCUAUAGCUCUUCAUGGCGGAUCUCUUGUCCCAUACUAUCUCAAUGAAUCGACGGGCUGGGGUUUGGAAAUCUCUGAUGUUAAGAAGCAACUCGAAGAUGCUCGCUCAAGAGGCAUCGACGUUAGGGCUUUGGUGGUUAUCAAUCCAGGAAAUCCUACUGGACAGGUACUUGCUGAGGAAAACCAAUAUGACAUAGUGAAGUUCUGCAAAAAUGAGGGUCUUGUUCUUCUGGCUGAUGAGGUAUACCAAGAGAACAUCUACGCUGACAACAAGAAAUUCCACUCUUUCAAGAAGAUAGUGAGAUCCUUGGGAUACGGCGAGGAUGAUCUCCCUCUAGUAUCAUAUCAAUCUGUUUCUAAGGGAUAUUAUGGUGAGUGUGGUAAAAGAGGUGGUUACAUGGAGAUUACUGGCUUCAGUGCUCCAGUAAGAGAGCAGAUCUACAAAAUAGCAUCAGUGAACCUAUGUUCCAAUAUCACCGGCCAGAUCCUUGCUAGUCUUGUCAUGAACCCACCAAAGGCUAGUGAUGAAUCAUAUGCUUCAUACAAGGCAGAAAAGGAUGGGAUCCUUGCAUCGUUAGCUCGUCGUGCGAAGGCAUUGGAGAUUGCAUUCAGUAAACUUGAGGGAAUUACUUGCAACAAGGCUGAAGGAGCAAUGUACCUGUUCCCUCAAAUCUGUCUGCCACAGAAGGCGAUUGAGGCUGCUAAAGCUGCUAACAAGGCACCUGAUGCAUUCUAUGCUCUUCGUCUCCUUGAGUCGACCGGAAUCGUCGUUGUCCCUGGAUCUGGAUUUGGCCAGGUUCCUGGCACAUGGCACUUCAGGUGCACGAUCCUUCCGCAGGAGGAGAAGAUCCCGGCGAUCAUCUCCCGCUUCACGGUGUUCCAUGAGACGUUCAUGGCAGAGUACCGUGACUAA